AUGGUUGUAGCCGGCGCUUCAGUUGCCGAAUGCAGAAUGGAUUCAGUGAGAUUUGUAGCCGUUUUUAUCGGAUUUGCGUGGAUGUUCUAUAAAGGUGAGUCCCCAUAUUUCAAAUAAAUGAUUACUUCUAAUGCAGCCUCAAGUUUUAUGUUCAUGAUCAAUUUAACGUUGAACUUCGAAAGUAACGACAAUUUGUUUGCUGCUUCAGGUAUGUAAAAUAACAAUUUUCGCGAAAGGAUUUCAAAUUUUUUAAACCAGAAACACAGGUAAUACACACAUCACAUAUCGGUGUUUUGCUUCUGUUUAAUAAUGUAAGAAGACUGGAAGACAUAACUUUUCGUAAACUUGCCUAGAAACACAAAAUUUAAACAAGAUAUUUCAUUCAAGAAUAUCACUCAGUUCUUUCCUUCAGAAGCCCUUUUUAUCAAAACACAAUUUUUUUCUCUAAUAAAUGAAACGUUAGUAUUCAGUCAUGUUCUUUAAGAGGUGUGUUGUUUUGUCGAGAGACUUGAAUGCAAAGUAGGAUUAUAUGGGAAGGAAACAUCACGCACAUCAAGUCAUUAACGAUUAGGAAUUUCUCAGUUUGUUAUACGUCGGCGAUGAGUUUGACUGUCAACGCUACGGGAAAUAAGGAAAUUGAUUUUAAGAAUUCCCCUGCAUCAGUCAGAGUCUUCAACAUGAAGCAGCUGGAACAGUCUUUCAUCUCACAAAACAGUUAUCGAAAAAAUGCUAAUACCCGAUAUUGUAAAACAACUCGACUCUGAUUCAGCUUUUUUUUUACACAAAAUGCAAUUUUACAGAAUUUUGUGGCGAGGUCGAAAAUUGAUGCACACGAUGGUACUGAUGGUACUAGAUGAUCAUUUAAAACAAAAGUCAUAGAGUCAUAAGUAAAAAUGAAACUGUAGGCCAGGCUUCUCGCAUUCUAGACUAAAUUCAUUCCGCUAAAAACCUUACAAAAUUCAUCCAAAUCGUGUUUCACAUAAGUUCUUAUAUUCAACAUAACGUUCUGCAGAUAUCUCUCCGACAUAUUAAGUAAUUUAAGCCCUGGCAAAAACCUUUUUAAGGAAAAGUGCUGACCGCUUUAAAGAAGAAAUUAUCAUUAAAUAGAUCGUUGGACUCUAUCCUAACUGAUGGCGCCAAGAGCAACUGGCCGUUGUUCAAACCUGCGGGCGGGCGGAUUUAGUUUACACUCCUUAGCUGAACAACCCGAUAUUCAUCCACAAAUGUUUCUUAUAAAAUAAAUAUGAUUUAUAAUCAAAAGGAAGAAGAUAGAAAAAGCGGUAUACUGCCCAUUAUGUUUCGGCUUUAUUUUUCUUAAAGCGGAAAAGAGGUUGCUCAGCAAAUUUAAAACACAAACUACACGUCUUAUCUGCCAAGCUGAACUAAAAUAAAGUAGCCGAGAAGAAAUACAAUAAUGUUUUCAAACGUCGAAUCAAAUCCAGCAGCAUCAAACUCGAAUCGAUUCUGAGUACUACAAGGUCAGCGGGAGAACCUCGACUAAUUUCAUUAUGAAUGCAGUUCAGAAGGAGCGAGAAGCCAAGUCACGGCGCAUUUCAAUGCCCGCCGUGCCAAGUGAUCCACAGGAAUGCUAGAUAUUAAACUUAAAAAUGACAAAAGGCAGUAAAACUCUUGUGGAAAUGUUCAGUGAAGUUCAGAAAGGUUUAGCCGGCUGUUUCCUGUCUUGGUGGGAGUUCAGCACUACGUUUUUCUCUCCGGUUCCCUUCGCCUGCACGCAAGCUUUUCUUUAAAUGUGCAUGCAGUGAGUCGCCAGAGAAUUUAAAACUUGGAGGUAAAUUCAGAUAACUCCAGAGAAAAUAUACACCGUUUGUAUGACGAUGCUCGUACCUUUCUUGAAGAAUGGUUAGAAAGACAAUUGCUCGAAAGUCAUCAAACUCACUCUUUGACCUGCUUCUUACGCUUCCGACAGUAGAACUGAAUAUCGAAAACCUCUAAUUCCUUCCGUUUUGUAACUUAUGUUGAAAACAUUACGAUAUAAUUACACUCAGCUAUCAGACAUCUCGUCACCAUCUCUUCACUUAGUAUGUCCUUAAAAUCCAUUGCAAAGCACUUCAGCCUUACAGAACUGCAAUCACUUACUAAUUUUUUGGAAUUUAUGCAAAACUUGCUGCACUGCAUUUUCUCAAUUGAUUUUGAAUAGUACCGCCAGUUGGCAAAAUCAAAAUGUUAUGAGUUAACUCGCCUGUAAAAGUUCACCUUAAAUUCAACUUCAUUCGAAUAAUUUAUAUUAGUAGUACGUUAUGAUAUCUCGUCAUUGAAAAAUAAGGCAAACUUCAUGGCCUGCCAAAACCGUUUUAGAGUCGCUCUCUUGAGAUGAUAACAUACAUUAGAUCAUAUGAUAAUUACUAUCAUAGUAUCGAUGACUUUAUUCAACAAUCCUUAACCGAGUCGCUCGCGGCUCGGUAAAUAUCCAUCACUUUCGCUUACCUGGAGGUUAAUAAUUUUUUUAGUAUAUACAAGUAAGCAACUAAUUUCCGUCAUUAUAUCACAAAAUGGUCUGAAAGUCAACUCUCAUUCGCGAGCGAAUCAAUCGGCGCGUGCAGAAAGCACCACCAUACAGCUGUGUGUUUUACACUUAUUUAUCAGUCAUAUAGCUUCAUAGACAUUAUAGGUCAUAUAGUUUUCGAAACUGCUUAUCAAAACUAGCUUAUACCAGUGUGCAGGACGCGUGUAACAUGUGAACGUCGUAAUGGCACAGCUCACUGCCGAGCCCCUGUAGCUUAGUGGUAGAGUAUCGGAAGCGCAGAAUGCGAAUGUCUAAGCCGGCUCUAUUUUUCAUGGGGAAUCAGAUUUUUUUUCUUUGCCCACGCUCUUGACAAGACGGAAAAAAAACGUCUUUCCCUAAAAAUUAUUUUUUCGAUAAAAUUUUGUGUAAAAUUAAAAUUGCCAUUUUCAUAAACUAAUUAAGAAGAAAAUAUUUUAAUAAUAUUGAAACCAACUUCAACUGGCAACGACCAGCUAAUCUCUUUGUUAGUUCGUCCUAAUGUUUUUUUUUCUUUUGUUUCUUUGUUUUUCUUUUCACAAUUAACCUUUGAUAGAAUUCCUUUGCUGAAGGAUAUGUUCAAAAUUAUUUGAACGUUCACUUUACCCGGGUAAUUAAUUAUUUCUCAGCAGGAAACCGUGAGUAUUGUUUCCCUUUUGUGAAUACUUUAAGAUUCACUUUAGCCUUCCCUUCUUAUUUGCGUGGUCUUGAUCGUCUAGAAGUUAAAAACUUGCUUUGCUCCAUAUGGUGAUAGCAUCUGAAUUUCACUGACUGUAAUCUCCUUUGUCGCGCUUAAUUGAAAUGUUCAGUCAAACUGAAAAUAAGAUUGAACGUCUGGUUCAGUUUUCAAAAUGAAACCCAGUAAAAUGUUUUAUCUGACAUGGCUCCUAUUUGGCUAGAUGAUCUGCUAAAUUUGAUGUGCCACACAUCUGAACAGAGAAGAAACAAUCAGAUACUUUGUAUCACUUGUAAUUUUGUGUUGAUUAAUAAUUAAGGAGAGUUGUCCAUGUUACGUGUUCUGAGCGGCGGAAUGAAACUAGAACUUUUGCUUCCAAAUCUCAUUUAAAACCGCUAAUCCAAUGGAUGAAGUGGUACUGAAACUAAACAGAGUGCGUGAGAUAGACAAAAUACUGACGCUUUUACCGAGAAUAGAAAAGAGUACGUACAAAUAUUUAUCUUGAUUGAAAAGUAGCUAUGGAAACGCAUAACAUUUUUGCAUAAGUAAGCCUCUUUUGAAACACGAUUUCAGCAGUACAAGGCAAAUACGUACAGUUUAAUCUAACGUGACAACACAUGAAGCAUGAUUAAUUGAUGUUUCAUGUAAGUGACAACUUUUAAAGAUAAUCGUCAUGGUUGGCUGAGAUACUAUGAUUAAACUGACGACGAAAAGGGUUAAUUGAAACAUUGUCAGUAACACCUGCAGCUGAAUGCAAACAUGUAGUCGGUCACAAACCUAAACUCAAAACUUCUACAAAUGACGAUUUUCAGCUCAAAAUGAAGUUAUGUCCUUUAGUUACGCUACUAAUCUCAUGGACGCUGGUUUUCUCCAAAGGUAGGAAUAUUUGUAAAGAGAGGUUACUUAUUCUACAGGUAUUUCACAUGAAAUAUUGCUUUACGGAGAGAAAGAAUCCCUUCGAACUAAACAGCUCAUUCAGAUCUGCUGUUUUGGCCACAAAACAAAUCAACAGCUAAAUCUUUAUCAAUAAUGUCAGUGAAAAUCACUCAUCCAGUUUUCGGUAACGAUUAUAUUUUUCAGCAUCUGUCUGUCAGACUCGAGGAACAUAUGCGGUGAUAAUUCCUCAAUCGAAUGUUUUAAAACAAAAACAUUCUUUUAGCGAAGCCGAAUCGGCACACUGAUAUAUAAACAUUACGCGUUGGGCAAAUUACAGUAUGAUAGGCUUGCCAUGUAUAGCAAUCCGCGAGUUAGUAAGUGUCAUCUUGUCCUUUCCGUCGCUUUACAUAGGCUAAAUAUCUCUUCACGGCAACCGCUAGCUUUAAUAGAAUUGUUAUCCUGUUUGAGAAAUGUCAGUGUAAAUUUAUUUAUAGAGGCUAAACGUAUUUCGUGGUAAGAACCAGCCACAGGUAUUCAGAGCGAUUUGAUUCUUGUUUUGUCUGUAAAACCGAAUUUUCCGAAUAGAUGUUGUUUUUACAAGAAAGGGACCACCAGGAUUGAAAGUGUUUUUGUCAUGUUAUGCAUGUAAAGCAAACGUAUCGAGACUCAAAUUGCCAGAAGGGAAUAAUUUAUGUCCGACUGGCGUGUGCUAAUGCGCAUGUGCAAUCAUCGGAUACUUAAACGAGCUCAUGGUUACCUUGGUGGUCUAAAUAUAAAUUUUUCAUUAAAGAUGUUUUUAAAAAGCUCCUGUCGUGAAAAAAAGAUUCAAUUGAUUGACAGAAUAUAAUUUCAGUCACCUUUCGAAUUAGCUUUGGUCAUAUUCUUUUGGAACUUGUUUCACUUUCCUUUGUCCAAGUCUCGUGACAGGCCGAACAGCAUCUUUUUUUCCUUCCACUACUCCAAAUUUAUAAUUUUUCUUAUUCAUUUCUUAUUUAAUUCAUUAUCUUUCUCAUUCUAUUAACACACACGAAGCUGUCCUUAUUAUUGAUCCUAGCAGGAUGAGGGACGAGUGUGAAACAAGAACUCGACAGUAGCUUGGUGCGCCACAGAGUUUCCUGUAGUACAUGCCGUGAUAAAGUAUCAGGGCGUUUAGGAUUCGACUAAUCAUGCAUGGAAAUUCACAUGUCGUUCUUUGUCUACCGCUCGUAGCAAGACGAGUAUCAUCAUUUCUCAUUGCAGAAAAUGUUGUCGAAUAACUUGCCAAGUCUUUCGUCAUUUCGCAACAUUUUUGUUUAGAAAAAAAAGCUGAGGAAAACCGUAUAAUCGAUGGUAAUUAGGAAAGAAAUAAUACGUUGAGUUUUCAUAUGGCCAGUACAUGUACGUAAUCAAGAAAAUAGAUUUGUAAGCAGACAGAGAAAAGAUCGUUCUUUUCGUGAGACCUUGGGGCACUGAAAAACAUCUAACCGAAAGCUGGGUGAUAAAAAGCUUUAUUUUAUGUAUGAGAAUUAUGAUAUCUUAAAAAGAAACUGUAUAACCGGCUCAACGACUUGUUAAGAAAAAUUUCUGGCGUGGCUUGCCAUCGAAGGUUAUGUAGACCAUUUUCUGCCACUCGCCCUAAACAUAUCGCAAUCAAUUUGUAUCACAGCGUGUCGCUCCACGUUUUUUCCGAUUUCCUUUGAACAUAUAGAUUUCUCAUCAACACUUUACAUCCGCAUUUUAUAUAUUCCAAAGUAAUCAGUUAGCUUGAAAAAGUCCCAAAGCGACUCACGAAAGUGUCGAAACACUGUACUUGAUGAGCCUUUCCAUGUCUUAUUUUGCAGGCACCGGGCUGAAUUGUCACAUUUGUGACCCUUCGAAGUCAUGGGAUGAAUGCAAUGAGAAAAGCUCACAAUACAAGUGCCCUGAGAAGAUGCAGGUUUGCUACAAAACACACAGCGUGGAAUUUAAUAAUGAUGAAGAAGUUCAUCGAUAUCGAAAAGGCUGUGGCACAGAGGUAUUUUGUACAGGACAGGAAUGCAAAGAAAAAGGUACAUGGUGCGAUGUACAAUGCUGCAAUACUGACGCUUGCAAUGAGUCUACAGUUUGGAAUGCCAACUGCAGGACAUUCAUCGUGCUUGCAUUACUCACUGCCGUCCUACUUCUGUAAUUUUAAUCUUUCCUUGUGGAAUCGCAUAAUUUUUACAAGCUCCAGAGAUUGUACACACAACACAUUGAUCGCCACAGUUCAAAGGGCCUUUUAUAUUGUUCAGCCUGCAUUGGAUUAA